UCUACCUUUGAUUACACUUUGCUCUUCUGUUAAACUCCAAAAACUGAGCAAUUGUGAAGCUCGAGUAAGUGGACGUUGAUGGCAGAAUUCGUCAACACUGAAAUGCAUCUAGGUGCUAAAUCUCAGCGGAUGAAGACGUACAAUGACGGUGACAGUGACAGCGACAUGGAUCUAUAUGACGACAUCAUUUUACCAGGGCGUCAGCUAUCCCCUUCUUCUGUAUCCUCACUCAAGGAUCCCUCUGCUCCACAGACAUUGUCGCGGCGUCUUCAUCCUGACAUGGAACAGCAAUAACAAUAUGCUGCGUUCUUAUACCAGCAUCCUCCUGCACCAUUGUUGUGGUCAACUCUUCAUCCUGUCAAAGAAAUGCCUGAAUAUUCUCCUGUAAGUUCACGCUUGACCAUUUCCAACUCCGACAAUGAGAGCUACACAACUUGGAGCAGGGCACGUGUAUGUGAAUCUGAUAGCCCUCCACUGAAGCGACUUCGUCAUGAUGAAAUCAAAGCGUGUGUAUAUUGAUUUUAACCUCUCUACAAUUAAUUACCACUUCAUAUAUAUAUAUAUAUAUGUUUUAUUUUUUAUAAUGAUUUUUGUUGUGUUGGUGAUUAUUUCACCACCCUGGCUUUGGACCUAGCCAAGUAAGACCGUCUUACUUAAUUCUUUUUCUUAAUUUAACUACUUGAUUGAUCUAAUUGGUGACAUGUUUACUUCCUGUAAAAAUAAUUGCUUUUGUUCCAAAAAUUUUUGAUACAAUAGAAUCUAUAUGGAAUCCUUAUUAUAUGGGUCGGACUUCACAUAAUGUUAUUUUUGCUUCCUUAGGUUAAAUUUUGCUUUUCUCCAAAAUGAUUUUGAACAUAAGAUGAAGUUUCUUUUCCACUUUGUAUGCCUGCUAAUUAAUUACUGAGAGACCACAGCAAAAUAGUGAAUUUGGUUGGUGUUUUGUUGCUAUUCAAUGGCUAACAGCUAUUGUCAGGUCAGAGCUGUUUGGUAAAUUGAAAGUGUAGAAUAAUUUUCAAGUCUUGUCUUUAAUUCAUAUAAUAAUCUCACUUAUUAUGCAGUUAUGCAUUUCAUCCUUCAGGUAGCUUAUUACAAAUUAUCUGCUCUUACGCUAUUUUCAUUAACAGACUAGCCAUAUUUGUGUUCCAUCAAUUUCAUUAUCCAUUUACAAAAGGAACACACUGCCGAAGAAUUUAGGAGAAAAAGGCGACUUUAAUUGUUAAUCUGUCAAAUACAAGAAAUAAUGAUAAUUUAUAGAGUUUUCAAGUGGCUUGACAUUUUUUUUUGGGCAAUUGGGUGGCUUAAAUUACUCUCAAAAGAAAACCAAUUCAAAAACUGACUAAACAACUUUUUUCCAAUGCCAUUCUCUCUAUCAGGUUUUUAUAGAUCUUUUGAUUCUUCCUUCCUUAGCUUCUUAUAGCAGAGUUAGGCUUUGUUAUUUUAACUUGAAAUAUCUGAAGUCAAGUCUGGUUUGACCUGAGUUAUUCUAAUUAGGUUUGAUUUGAUUGUUUAAUUUGAUUGAAUUAUGGCCUCAUUACUGUAUAUGAAAAAACAUGAUCAAGUGAGAUCUUGUUAGAUUCACCUUAAUGUGUAUUUUUUAAACAUCUGAUUUUCAUAAUAAUUUUAAAAACAAAGUUAAGGAUAUAUGACAAUAAGCAAACGAAACUGAUUAGGUCUGAACUUUUUUGGGUUGAUCUGAUGAUCUGAAUUAGUAAGGUAAAGAGAACAAAGCCUUAUAUUGUGCUUCCCUUUGUGCCUUCCUUUGAUGUUGAUGGGCACUGUCCCACUCAAAACAGAUGUCAUGCUUCCAAGUUCCAUUUUUGUUAAAAUGAAAGAGUGGGAACUAUUAAGGGUGUAAAUUUGUAGUUUUGUGGGUUUAGUAGAUUAAAUGAUGAUUAUUGUUGCAGAGGUAGGUGGGUUUAAUGAAUAGUGGAUUGAGUUGAUGUAUGAGUUUGGUGGAGUAAUGGGUAUUAGACUGAGCUCUGUCUAAGUUUGGAAAAAUAUUUUGAAAUUUGGGUUAGCUAAUGGUGGCCCUAACCUUACUCAUUUAAGUUGAACUUGUUUUUAACUUCUGCUCUACCUAAUAGAUUCAUUGUGAGGUUCAACGAGUUAGGAUUUAAAUGGAUUGGCCUAACUUCUGUCCGUGCCUCAUUAAACGGAGUAAAGGUGAAUUUUUAGGAGGAAUUGAAAUGUGCCUUAUUGCAUUCUUGAUGCCUCAUUAGGGUAUUGACAUUGUUGCCCUUAGCAACAUCUUGUGGAAUUUUCUCCAAGAUAAUGAUAAUUUGAUAAAUCUUCUCACACCACCGCAUGAAGAAGUCUCCAUUAAAUUGCUUGUCUACUUCUCCACCCUUAAAUUUUCUAGGGAACAAUCAUUCAGGCUUAUAGAGGCCCUAUUGCUGGUAAUUUGUUUUUAAACAAUUAGAUAUAAAGAAUUUAUUACCUUAUGUAUGAAUAUAUAAAUUGUGUCACAAUGGUUAACUAUCGAUAUAUCUUUAACUAGAGUGCGGUUAAAGGUUCAAACCUUGGAUCCUCCGACCUUUUGAUCUAAGAUCCACCAAUCUCACACCAAGACACCCUUGUAUAUCCCCUAGCCACCUUAUGGCCCUAAUUUGGAUUCAAUCCCCCAAUUUGAAAAAUCUACACCAACCGUUGACAUGGAAGCUCCAAAGCCACCAAAAUGGCUGCCCGAACCUACAUCUAAACUACAAGCUCUUCCCUUCUAGUGCACCUUGGAUUGUGAAGGUGCCUGGCACACUUGAGACCCACUCAUACGAGAUUUUCCCUUUAUGACUCAAUCUCCUCUGCUUGACCAUGGUGUGCGCUAUCCACUAACUGGUGCUUGCUUAGAUUACCACCUCCAAUGUUGAAGGAAGCUCAAAUUUUAUUGUUGGAUUGCUCGACCUCCUUUUUUUGAAAUCCUUAGGUCCAUAUUUUUAUUAUAUUUGUAAACUUGUCCCAAAUUGUUUUUUGCUUUCGAAUAGACUUUGCUUACUCCACUAAUUCUUGUAGAAGUUUUACCAUUUGCAAAAGUGUAUGCCCAUAUAUCACUAGGACCUUACCUUCUUUGUCAGCUUUUUAGAUAUGAAAUAUGAAAGGUGAACUUAGGAUUUAUCUAACCAACUUCUGGAUCAUUGGAAGCUUGCUUGGAAUUUUAUUCCAUGCCAUGAGACUUGUUUAUUUCCUCUCAUUACUCAUCUAUUUUAUCAGUGAUUUUCCCUAAUUAACUUCAUAUCGCUUGCAAUUAAACAGUACAUCUCCUUUACACUCCCUUUUUUUUUGAAAUUUGUGCUGCAUCAUAUGGCUAAUUUGACAUAAUUUCAGAUCAUAAAGUGUAGACUUCAGUCAUUAAAGGCAUAAAUAUAAUUCUGCAUCCUGAAUUUCUGACAGUAAAGGCACUAGUUUAGAAAUGGCACAUAUCAAAUUCUCGUUAAAAAAAUUCCGUCUUAUUUUUUUUUUUUUAUCCUUUUAUAUAUUUUCUUAAUCUCAAAUUUUUGUUUUGGAACGGUUUUCAAUAUUAGUAUGUUAAUAAGUUUUGAUGAAUUGUGAUAUUGUACCUUGUUUAUGAAAACAUUUUUUUUUUUUUUUUUUGGCAAUGAAAACUGUUAGUUAUACAUAGAUUGAGCUCUUUUUCUUUUGUCGUAAAAAAUUGGUAAUAUUAGUGGCAGGGUAGUAGCAACAAGUUUCGACCGUACAUAUUCACUAACUAGGUUUUUGUUUUGUUCUGAUGUGUAUGUGUUCUAACUGAGUGAUUCAUUUGCAUAAUUUGAGACUCUUUUUCAUUGCAAUGUUCAUGACAGGAAUUUCUCUAUGCAACUUUGGUAUUUUUUUUAUUGAGAUUGUUUAUAUGAAUUGCUAAACGCAGGCAAAGUUUACUUUAACCACAUGAAUAAUAAGUGUAAAGUAUUUAAAGAGCGGAAAAGUAAUUAAAUUCUAAUAAUUUAUGAACCAAUUUGUUGUUUGACAAAGAAUUUAUUGUUUCUACAAUGAACUUGUAAGUUUUUAACUAGUUUAGCAGAACUCUUGAAAGAGGUUGUGAGCUGCUGACCAUCGUUGAUAAGCUACGAAGUUCUUAAGUGACUUGCUAAAAUGAAACACUUUUGAACUGGAAUCUGAUCAUUAAAAGACAAUAAAAAGUGGAAUCAAUCAAAAAAAUUGUCUCCAUUACUCUUGCUAUCUCUAUUAAUUAGAGAGUUGUUUUAUACUGCUUAUUUGACAUAAAUUUCAGAGAUGUCUUCAUAAAUUUUAGAGAUGUUCUUCUGAAAUUAUGGUCUUCCUUCAUAGAAGGGCAAUGGUGAUAUAUGAUUACAUGCAUUCUUACAUUAAACCCACAAUGGCAACACAUGUUGGCAGUCUUGGCACAUUGUAUCUUGAUUGUUUUGUAUUUAAUUUUCCAUCUUGGAAUGGUAGUCUCGUCAAAAUUUUCUGCGCUGGUUAAACAUGACAUUACUAAGUUUAUAAAAAAAAAAAAAAGAAGUUAAUUCACAGUAAUUAAGUUUAAAGUGGUGAUAUAUGGGUUAAAAUUGCUGACCAUGGUAAACAUAGAUUAUUAGGUAGAAGUAUAUACUCCGUAUUUCUUUAUUUACUAUUGCCACCAUUCAUCUAUCAUACUACGGAGUAUCUCUCACGAAAUUGAUACUCUGCAUAAUUAGGAGGAGUAAAUUAGGAAAGUGAAAUUUAUCACCUCCCUUUUAACUUUAUAUAUUAGAUUCUAUCACCAAUUCACCACCAAAAACAAAAAAUAAACCUUGUAAAAAAAAAACCUUCUUCAUGGAGAGUGAGGGGAGCAGGGGAACAAAGCAGAAGAAGAUGAAGGCCAAGGCAAAGAGUGUGAAGACGAACAAUGACAGUGACAGUGACAUGGAUCUAUGGGAUGAAUUUGAUUUUCCAGGGCAUCAACUUCCUGUCCAACCCUGUUCUUCUCCAUCUUCUACAAGAUGGACACGCAAAGGCACUUCUAAUGCCCCUUUAUUGAAGCCACAUCGUUCUAAGGAAGCCAAAGUUACAGGAACACCAACUGAUGACAAUAACUUUGUUAACUUAUGUUUGGCAUAUUACAAAGAAAAGAAGGGCGUUGAUUAUGAGUUAGUCCAUCUUGUUGGACAAACCGUUAUUAACAGAUCAGUUGGUUGGGGUACUCAUAUCAACUUUUUUGCUCGGCUCAAGGGAACUAAUUCCUCUCCAGAAUUCUUUUUUGCUGAUAUAAAAUAUGCACCAAAUGAAGUUUUACACUGUUGUAAACUAACUCCAGCGCCCUAUAAUUUUGGCGAAACUCAUCCUCCGGAUGUUUUUAUCUUUCACUGUCCGCAUGUUGAGUGCUUGCAAUGUGCUGCGCUUCUCAACUAUUUCUACCACGACGAUAGUGAAGAAGAUGUAAUCGAUAUCUAAAUAUGUAACUAAUUAAUGUUGUAGACUUAUUAUUAUUGCUAGGAUAGAUUAGGACGAUUAUCACUGAAUUUGGCAAUAAAAACAUAUAUUAUGUGUUGAAUCGUUGUGAUAUAUCAUGAAAAGUUGUUAGACUAUUUAUUAGUGUCAGCCCACUGAGAUUUUUAUACGAAAUGAUGAAUGACAUGACA